UAGAGUCGUCUGGUGGAGUUAGAUGCAGGACUAAAGAGUGAAUGAAUGUAAGGAAUGGAAGCUAGGCGUGCAGACAGCUCUUUCGCGAAACCUGGCUUUUCAAGAAGGUGAGAUGAGAGGAGAGAGCAGGAAAGAGUCAUAGGAUUAAGUUACUGGGGGUGUAUGAUAUUAAUGUGCUUUACUUUUUUCCAGUUAAACUUUUUCAGUGAUUGAAAAUGAGUGAACAAUCAGAAAAAAACAAUUCCACUCAAGAGGGAAACCUAGAUGAAAGCUUUCCUGAGAAAAAUAGUCAAAUUGGACAGAAACAACUGCAACAAAUAGAGCGGCAGUUAAAAUGCUUGGCAUUUCAAAACCCUGGACCACAGGUAGCAGACUUCAAUCCUGAAACAAGGCAGCAGAAAAAGAAAGCACGUAUGUCAAAGAUGAAUGAAUAUUUUUCUGUGAAAUACAAGGUUAUGAGGAAGUAUGACAAAAGUGGCAGGCUAAUUUGUAACGACAUGGACCUGUGUGACUGCCUAGAGAAGAACUGCCUGGGCUGCUUCUACCCCUGCCCCAAGUGUAACUCCAACAAGUGUGGGCCCGAGUGCCGCUGCAACCGCCGGUGGGUGUAUGAUGCCAUUGUCACUGAAUCAGGGGAGGUUAUCAGCACGCUGCCAUUUGAUGUUCCCAACUAG